CUCUAGUUUCAUUACACGCCGGAAAUUUACAGCAUCUGCGUAAUUUCACUCAAUUUCACGUUAGCUACACCAUACGAGAAACAUGGCGUUUAUUUCCACAAGGGCGAUUUUUAGUCCCGUGUUGAGGCAGACUCUCAAGCGGAUCAUCUUCGCGAAGCAACUGUCGAAAUGUCAACGUCGGGAGUUGAAUAACCGGUUGUUCCUUCCAACUGUUACCAGUCAGAGAUUCUAUGCCGAAAAAAAGGUAUUCAAUCGCAAUAAACCGCAUUGCAAUAUAGGCACUAUUGGUCAUGUAGACCAUGGUAAAACCACUUUAACAGCAGCUAUUACCAAAGUAUUGUCCGAGAAGCAACUAGCAAAAGCUAAGGGAUACAGCGAAAUUGAUAAUGCUCCUGAAGAAAAGGCCCGUGGCAUUACUAUUAAUGUUGCGCAUAUUGAAUAUCAGACGGAAGGUCGUCAUUAUGGACACACAGAUUGCCCGGGUCAUGCCGAUUACAUAAAAAAUAUGAUCACAGGAACUGCUCAGAUGGAUGGUGCUAUACUGGUUGUCGCUGCCACGGAUGGCACGAUGCCACAAACCAGAGAACACUUGCUCCUUGCCAAACAGAUUGGUAUCCAGCAUAUUGUUGUCUUUAUCAAUAAGGUCGAUGCUGCUGAUUCAGAAAUGAUAGAAUUAGUGGAAAUGGAGGUGCGAGAGUUACUUUCCGAAAUGGGUUACGACGGCGAUAAUAUUCCGAUAGCGAAAGGCAGUGCGCUCUGCGCGCUCGAGGGAAAAAAGCCCGAGAUCGGUGCGCAGGCUAUCAUGGAGUUGUUGGGAAUGGUAGACAAAUAUAUUCCGACUCCAAUGAGAGAACUGGAUAAGCCCUUCCUGCUCCCGGUGGAAAAUGUAUAUUCUAUUCCCGGUAGAGGCACCGUAGUCACCGGUAGAUUGGAGCGUGGCAAACUGAAGAAGGGAACGGAUUGCGAAUUUAUCGGCUACAACAAAGUUUUGAAAAGCGUAAUCACAGGCAUAGAGAUGUUUCAUCAGAUAUUGGAGGAAGCUCACGCCGGGGAUCAACUCGGCGCUCUUGUGAAGGGCGUGAAGAGAGACGAAGUGAGAAGGGGCAUGAUAAUGUGUAAACCUGGCUCCAUGAAGGCGUACGAUCAUAUAGAGGCCCAAGUGUACAUAUUGAGCAAGGAAGAGGGUGGCAGAAAAAAACCAAUUGCGAAUAUGAUACAAUUACAGAUGUUCUGCAAAACGUGGGACGUUGCGGCGCAGUGCAGCAUAAUGGGAAAAGACUUGGCGAUGCCAGGAGAAGACAGCACACUCGUAUUAAAGUUGAUUAGACCGAUGGUAUUGGAGAAGGGACAGCGUUUUACAUUACGAGACGGCUCGGUAACUCUGGGAACUGGCGUGGUCACCAACACCCUGAAAUCUCUCACGGACAAUGAGCGACAUGAGCUUCUCGAGGGCAAGAAGGCGAUACUGAAGAAGGAAAAGAAUGCACAAAAAAAUUAGACUUAAUAAAUAUUUGUUAAAAGAUAAAGCAGAAAUGCUGUGCUGUGUAAUAAAGAAAAACCGUGUCAGCUAAGACAGUCGGAUCUCAAUCGAAACUUGCAAAUGAAUGUCUAACCGAAAUAUCUGACAUUCCUUUGAAAUGAAAGUUUUACAGAUGCGCAAGAUACGACACUGUCAGAUUAAAGUUCAUACAUCAGCGCGAUAAUCUUCGAGCAGAACAAUGAAACGCUAUUGGAAGUAUGAUUGAUUAGAUUAGAUGUAAUAAU